CCCGGGCAUUCCCAGUGCAGGGCUCUAGCAGGGGUUGGAGCCUCGGGCCCAGGGGUGUCCAGAGACCACUGCCCACGCCCCCCGCCUCCACCACCCACAAGGAGAGACAGAGCUCCCAGGCGGGGAGUGGGGGAAGUUCCUGGAGGUGGGGGCAUCCCCAACCUUGCAGGCCCCCUUCCCAGGCGCACUCCCGGCCUCCUCCUCUUCUGUCCCCUGUUGUUAUUGAGGUAUGAUUGGCAUACCGUUCACAGCCACCCUUCGAUGUGUUCUCCACAGUCAGGAUACAGAACAUGUCCCUCAUACCCCCGCAAACUCCCAGCCAGGCUGUCACACAGAGGGAGGCGGCCGACGGGGCAGAGCCUUGCACUCCCUGCGUGUGGGAUCCACAGGGGUCGUCACCGUGUCGGUGGGUCCUUCCUUUCAUCCCAGGAGGGUCCCCCUGCCUGGAGGGGCCCCGGUCUGUGGAUCUGCUCACCGCCUGCUCUUUGGGUCGUUUCCCGUGUGGGGUGAUGAUGAGGAAGGCCAGUACAGACACUCGCCUGCAGGAGGCCCCACAGGCCCGCUCGCUGACGUUUGGGGAGAUGGCACCGCCCUCCCCCCGUCAGGGGGCUGACGAUUUGCAUGCCGUGUCGGGGUCCAGCGGCCUCCCUCGCGUGGAGGUCCUGAAGCACCUGGAGCACCGCCUGCACAACAGCGGACUCCCGCCUGCCUCCCUGCCUCCGGCCAUGGCCUGCCCGCCUCUGGCCCUCCUUCUGCUGGGGGCCCUCCUGGCAGCCUUCCAGCCAGCCCUGACCAAGCCAGAAGCACUGCAGGUCUUCCCAGGCCAAGUGGCCCAACUGUCCUGCACAAUCAGCCCCCGUUACGCCAUCAUCGGGGACCUCGGCGUGUCCUGGUAUCAGCAGCGAGCAGGCAGCGCCCCCCGCCUGCUCCUCUACUACCGCUCAGAGGAGGACCAACACCGGGCCCCUGGCAUCCCGGACCGCUUCUCCGCAGCUGCGGAUGCAGCCCACAACACCUGCAUCCUGACCAUCAGCCCCGUGCAACCCGAAGAUGAUGCCGAUUAUUACUGCUUUGUGGGCGACUUAUUCUAGGGGUGUGGGAUGAGUGUUUUCUGUCUGCCUCCCACUUCUGCUCCUGACCUUGGGACCCUCUCUCUGAGCCUCGGUUUUCCUCCUCUGUGAAAUGGGUUAAUAAUAUUCACCAUGUCAAC